UGUGAAUCAAAUUUUAAGGCUGCUGAUCAAUUAAGAUCUUUUAAUAAAUCUAAAUUUCUUGAUGAUACUGGUAUUUUUGGUAGUACUUGCAGACAUGGAGUGCCCUUGAAAUUUCUUAAUUUAAAAAAUAUGGGAGAAAGAUAUAUUUUAGCAGAAUGCUUAAUUGAUAAUUUUCAACAUAAAUUUCCAAAUUCUGACCAAAAAUUUAUUUUUUUAUAUGACAUUGCUUGCUCAUUUCACGCUCAUAUUUCUAAGUCCAAUAAUCCUUUACAUUUAUAUCAAGAUCGAUUUAAAUGGGCAGUAUCAAUUUUUCAUGCUUAUGCUCAUACACCAAGUUGUCAAAAAAUUUAUCAUCCAAGGACUAUAGAAUCAAUUGGCCUUACUGAUGGAGAA